AUGGAAGUGUGUGAUGGAUGGGCUCCAUUGCGCGAGAUAUUGGGAAUCAAUAUCCCAGAUGAGCCGUUCCCUAGAGCAAAUGAUUCUUAUGCUAUUGAGGGCCUGGCACAGCAGAUUGUGCUGGAGGCCCGGUCAAGUUGGGCAGGUAUAUUUGCAGUGACUGGGGCUUUGGGAUAUGGCGCGUGGUGGCUAAGGAAGAGCAGCAUUGUACGGGUUGCAAUACAAACAGGCUUGGAGGGUAUUAAUGCGUGCAGUAUUGCUUUGGCUGCAAAUAUAAGCGAAUUAAGGGUGAAUGGGAUAAAUACGAAGGAGGCAUGGAGCCAGAAAACGACAGGUUCUGGAAGCACAGGAAAGGGGGUAUUCGGAAAAGGAGGCCCACGAUUUCUUGGAAAGGAUGAAGCGAACGAAAGAAGAAGUCCAUGCAUUUCGCAAACAAGAAGAAGAGAGCCAGGCCAGAGAGAAGCGGAAUGA